ACAGGUUUAAAAUGAGCCUUACAGACCUUCUAAGCCCUUCUGAUAUUGCUGCUGCUCUGCGGGACUGUCAAGCUCCAGAUUCCUUUAGUCCCAAAAAAUUCUUUCAGAUCAGUGGCAUGUCUAAAAAGAGUAGCAGCCAGCUCAAGGAUAUCUUCCGGAUUCUCGACAAUGAUCAAAGUGGCUUUAUUGAGGAAGACGAGCUCAAGUAUUUCCUUCAGAGGUUUGAGUGUGGAGCCCGAGUGUUAACCACCUCAGAAACCAAGACCUUCUUGGCAGCUGCAGAUCAUGACGGGGAUGGUAAAAUUGGGGCUGAAGAAUUCCAGGAAAUGGUGCAGUCCUAG